ACAAAACAACAACACAACACACAUCACAUACUACAAAUACAAUGUAUAUAUAAGAGAAAACCACUCUCUCAUCUUCAGAUUCCUUCUAAGCUCUCUAUCUCUCUCUUUCUUUCUCUCUCUUUUUCUGUGUCUGCGCAAAAAACUAAAAAAGGUUCAUAUUUUUCAUCAGGAAAAAUGAUUAAGCUAUUUAAAGUGAAGGAAAAGCAAAGGGAACUCGCAGAAAAUGCUAAUGGAAAGACACCCGUCAAGAAGCAAAGUGCAGGGGAAUUACGUCUUCACAAAGAUAUCAGUGAAUUGAACCUACCAAAAUCUUGUGUCAUAUCUUUUCCCAAUGGCAAGGAUGACUUGAUGAACUUUGAGGUUACCAUUCGGCCUGACGACGGAUAUUAUCUAGGUGGUACAUUUUUGUUCUCUUUUAACGUUUCUCCUAUUUACCCUCAUGAGGCACCAAAGGUCAAGUGCAAGACAAAGGUGUACCAUCCUAAUAUCGACUUGGAAGGAAAUGUCUGCCUUAACAUUCUAAGAGAAGACUGGAAACCUGUUUUAAAUAUAAACACUAUAAUUUACGGGCUAUUUCAUCUUUUCACGGAACCCAAUUAUGAAGAUCCCCUCAAUCAUGAUGCAGCUGCAGUUUUAAGAGACAACCCAAAAUUGUUUGAAUCCAAUGUCCGAAGGGCAAUGGCUGGUGGGUAUGUAGGACAAACCCUCUUCCCACGCUGCCUUUAGCGGCCACCUGUUUUUCUAAGCACCAAGUUCAUUGCUUGAAGCGUCAAGGGCUGUAAAUUUGCAUUGGACAUGAAUUCUUCAGAAUCAAGGGGCCCGUUGGAAGGUGUUUGUAUGCUGUGUAACUUAAUGACAUGUUUGAGUUAUUGGUUGGGAACAGCUGAUUUUCUUUAUUUUGAUCUGAAUCACCAGGAUAAGACAUCAGUUAUGUAUUUACUUUUUAUUUUGUAUUGGGGGAAAACAUGCUUUCACUGCCAUGCUUGGGCAAAUUAUGCUAAAAGUCAGUUUCUGUGUUCUGCACU